UCUCAUUGAUUCUACCGUCUUUCUUUUCCCCACUUUCUCCUGCCCUAAUAUACCCAUUUUUUCCCUUCUAUCUCAUUUUUUGAAGGACUGAUCACCGUUCAUCAGAUGAUAAAGACCGGAAUACGCCAAGCCCCGCCCUUCUACAUUGUAAUAAUGGGUUCAGUAAUUCUCGAGACACACAGGUGGGAGGCCGGGCGACUCAUUGAUUUGUGUAAGAUAAACAGGAGGCAGCGAGAGGUAAUUGCCAGCAGCUCACCGCUCCACUCCACUCUGGCGGCGCCCUCUACGCUGCUGACUCGACACAGGCAGGCACCGACUCACUCCUCACGCUGUCCCAGGAAGACGCUCCUCUGCCCGCGCUAUAUAGAUCAACAAGGCAGGACAGAGGCACGGGGUCGGAAGCCCCUUCACCCCGCCAAGAUGCUGCCGCCGGACACCUCCUCCACGCUGUUCCCGUGGCGCGUGGUGGUGGCCGCCAUGCAGGUGCACGGCUGCUUCCCCUUCAGGAUGUCCGCCACGAGUGACCUGCCCACAUUUAGUCUGCCGCUAUGCCUGUGGUCCCUCUUUGCAUUCCUUGUACAGGCAGCAGCGAUCACCAUGACUUAUGAUGAGUAUGCACUAAAAUACUUUUCGCUGGAUGUGGGCACCAUUACCUACGUGAUCAUCGGCACGCUACUGGGGGUAAGCCUGUGCCUGACUCCCGUUGUCGUGGGUGUGCGGAGCGCCGGGCUGGCCAGGCUCCUGCACGACCUGUCCAAGGUGACGGGAGUCUCCCCGCCACACACGUACCGAUGGUACUGCAAACCAAAGACUCAGCUGAUCAUGUUUUGUGGAGUAGCAUCCAUAAUCUCUUCGUGUUACAGCACCCUCCAGAUGGCUUUUACAACUCCAGCAUACUGUGUCAUCCUCUUGCCUUUGGCCCUUCUCUACGCCUUGGACUUCCUUUUACCCGACGAGGUGUUCUCUAUGGUGUGCGGCCUCCUGGGCCGCCGCCUGGUGACCGCCACGGAGGCCACGGUGGCCACGCUCUCCAUGGUCCUCGCCAGCGACGGAUCCUUCAAGAGUGAGGGCGACCUGGAGGCGGCGAUGCUGAGGCUGCGUGACCUCGACGUCGUCAUCCGGGAGGUACGGAGCGAGAGAACGGUGCUGGGCACGGCAAGUGACUGAGCAACACCAACAGCUAUAGUUGGUUUCACGAGAGCUGGCGGGAUAUUCCUUUAGGGAUGGACUCGCGGACCUGGCAUCAUUGCUUAGCUGACGGUACUGCGCCUUCAUUGUCUAAUAUCCGAACUUUAGCCCAUUACCAGCUCUGGCUGCCCAAAAAGUCCUCCGCUAAGUUUGUACCCCACAUUUGGUGAUGUUAGGCGCGCCUAUUCUUGACUUGUUCUAACGUGCAUGAAAUUGACUUUGUAGCUUUUCCUACCUAAACCGUUUUUGAGUUGUAAGGUAGUAGACUGCAGCGAUACAGACUAUUGCAAUAAUAUCUCUAUUAAUCAGUAGUUGGCUUUUAAACUAUUACAGAUAAAUCUGAAAAGACAUUCCUAACAGAAGUAAGUCGGAACUGCACGUAAACGGACAGCAACCAGCGGCGGAAGAGCUUGAUAUGUUUGAAAGGCCUGUUAGGCCAGACUUUCUCUGCCUUUCCUGCUACUACAGUGACACAGUGUCAUUCAUUAACUCAUUUACUGUCAGAUUUCUGGGUAGGCUAUAUUUUUAGUCCUGACUUAGCGGUAACGUGUAGCGAUGCUGCCUAGACACACUGUGAACAAUGGCCUGAGGCAACCAACCUUCUCCUUCAUGGUGCAGCAUAAUCCUGAAAUAUAUU